AUGGAAAGCUUAAACGAUAUAGAAGCCACAUGUGUUAUGCUUGCACUAUACAAGAAACAUAAACGUAAACAAAAAAGAGUGAAAUGGCGACAUUGGAUCCAUCCGCUUAAUCUAAAAAGACCAGAAAAUGGUUCUUCAUUCAACACCUCAGGAAUAAACUCUUUAGUAUUAAACAUUUUUGUAAUAUAAAUGGACAAAAUUUGUACGGGAGAUUGUACAAGGCUGUAGGCACAAAUUAUCAAUGAACGAAAAUAAAACGCGGCACGAUCGCGGUGUUCGAAUCGCCUGUGUGUUAUCAAAAACGGAAAUGCAUUGAAAAUAUAUUAGGAAAUUAUUGUUUAAUUUUAGUUGAAGAACUUUCAAAAUUAAACAUGGGCGUUCGAAGGCGCGUUUCAUUUACGUGUCUGAAUAAACCCAUGCAAAAGUAUCUAUAAUUUGAACAAUUAAUCGCGCGUUCGAAUCGCUUGAAAAAAAAAAAUCGUGCAGUCCACUGCACGAUGUUAAUGUUUUAAUUAUUUCGUUGAAACCGUGGCGCACAAAAUAAUCCAGAUGUUUUUAAACAUUUGUGUUUUAAAAUUAAGUAAAUACCUAUUUUAGUAAUUGUAUUUAUGUACAAAAAAAAAUCAAACCAGUCGCUAAAUCUUAAUUCGUGUACCUAUAAUUUAGAAACUUUUUUUGACUCUCGGAGUUUAUAUUUAGUUUAUAUAAGAGGACGUUACAUAAUUGCAUGCGCUGUCUCAAUCCAACUAACGGGCAAUGGAGCACACUGCGUAAAACUCGAUUAAUUUUGAUUUUAGGAUAAAAGCACCUAUUAAAAAAUGACAAUAUUUCGAAGGCAGUGGCGUACCUAGGCCUCUCUUACGGGAAGGGGGGGGGGCGAAAAAUAUUUUCACUCAUUCAUAAAAUAGAAAAUUUCUUAAAAAUUAAAAAAAUUUAACAAUGCUCACAUAUUGUCACAUAUAUUAUACGACCCUCGGGGGCGGGGGGCGAAUACCUCUUUGCCCGUCCUCCUCACAGGUCCAUCACAGAACGAAAGACAAGACAACGUGUUUUUCUAUUAUUAUUUCGUAUGUAACAUUCGAUACAUCAUUUAGAGAUAAAAACUAAUUCAUAGUUUUUAAAUGACUGUAUCAUUUCAAAGACUGCGUUUGUUUUUUGGGGAAAUCUUCGAGAAACGUAUGGAGACGCGUUUAAUGUGUAAGCGAAGCGCGUUUACGUUUUAAAAUCGUAGCGUUGAAUCGUUCAGUGUAUAAUCAGCUUAAGUGAGUGGUUGUUUAAAUAACUUAAUAACUUAUAGAAUUAUCGCCAACGACCAUACCACGUUGAAUACACCAGUUCUCGUCCGAUCACUGAAGUUAAGCAACGUCGGGCGUAGUUAGUACUUGGAUGGGUGACCGCUUGGGAACACUACGUGCCGUUGGCAUUUUUUUUUUAUCAGUAUUUUUUUUUUUUUAAUCUCGCAAUACUAAUUGUGGGGUUUUAAUAAAACAUUUUUAUUUUUUUCUCGAAANAAAUAAUGAGAAAUUCUUACUGAUUAAAUUGUAAAUAUAUAAAUAAAUUAUCUAUUUAUCUUUUCGAUUUUUGAUAAAAAUAAAUUGAUCUUAAAAUUCAUCUAAAAAAAAUUACAUCAUAAGACUCGAUUUUUUUUACCACUAAUUUUUACAUUUUGUAAUGAAGUGAUAAAAGUGAUAACGAGGGCGGCUAUACUAAAGUAUACCACCCCUCGGAAAACAGUGUAAAAUGUAUGAUUCCCUAAUGGGAGAGCCAAGGUAUAGCUUCCCUUGGAUUAGAAGUUGCUUUUCUUAUUACUUAUACGCAGUGGCUUGGCGUUCAUAUAAGAACGAUAACGUGGACGGCCAUGCUAAAGUAUAGCACCUCUCGGAAAGUAGUGAAAAAAGUAUGACUCCCCUUGAAUAAGAAGCUCUCUUUUCUUACUACUUACUCCAGUGUUAAUUUUUUAUAGUCGUAUUUUCGUUACCUUUUUUUUUUUUAUAUAUAUUUGAGGUAUAACGAAGUAACUAUUGGUUUUACUAUGUGUUUUUUUUAAAUAUUUUUUCACAAACAAUUUUUCGAAGUUCGGAUUUUUUUAAAAUGGCUGGGAAUAACCGGAAACAAAAUUAUAGGCAAAACGGUAUAUAUUUACGGCACCCCGUGGCGUUACGGAUUCUAUUGUUUUGAAUCUUUAAGUACGUACAUUUUAGCCAUUAAGUAAUUUUUUAUUCAUUAAGUACUCUUUGGAUAAAAUUAUUAGACCAAACAGAAAUGCUUUAAAAUUUAACAAAAGGUUCAUUAUGAGUCGUACUCUGUGGAAUAAUAAAAAAAAAAUUGAGUUUAAUGUAGAAUUGUUUUAUAAGAAUUUCAGUACUUAUUAAAUGUUGACCAAAAUCGUAAAUAUAUGGCCCUUUAUAACAUGUACAACCAAACUCUGUUUAGAAUUGUUUUUCGUUAGCAAAAAUGAUAAAGAUUAGUCGUCGCGUACUGCUGAUAUACAUUAAAUUCCCCUCUAUAUCCUACCGUCCUAACUUCUGACCUGGGUACAUCAGUGGCCCACCCAUCGUACAAAGUAUGUUAGUCUUCUUUUAAAUGAACUUGUAAAAUAUUUAGGAAGAUCGGAACACCGCGAUCUUCCUGAAAAAUAUCGCAUUUAUAUAUUGAAGUCCGUCCGGCCGAAAUGUUUCUUGUAUUGCGUAUAGUUACGAUAUUUGAGCAAAACACACUGUGUAUAAUAUGUAGUUACAAGUUACCUAUUUAAUACUGUAGACCGUUCUCAUUCAAAUGAAAAUUACUGAAUUGUAUUUAACCCGCCUAGUUGCUAUUAUAAAUGUGUAUACGUGUUAUUUUACUGGCACUGCAGGCGGAUUAUCAGAAGCAGGCGAAGAGAGAUCUCCGGGAGACGCGCGUUUCUGGUAAGCUAUAAAUGUAAAUUUUUCAUCCGACAUCGUCGUUUAUCAAUGACCGGUCGUACACAUGUGGCGCGACCGCGUCGGCGGCGUCUGUUUUAUUCAGUGUCACGUUUUGGAAUUUAACGGCCGCCGGGCCUAUAGUGACGGAUUUGGUUUGUUGAAACGACCGGGGCGACAUUGCGACUUCUGUACACAUCGACCUUCUUUUAUAAUAUAUAAAGACAGCCACUCGUCAGUCGUCGUACAGAAUCGGGCGCCGGAAUUUCUUCUUAGCGAGGGCCAAUUGGGGCCCAUCUAAUUUUUGAUAGGGCCGAAAUUAAUUGUAUAACUAUAGAUAUACUACAACUAUAUAUAAAACAAAAUUUGGACGAUAGGAUACAUACAGUUGUUUAAUUUACAUAUUUUAUAAUCAAUAACGAUAAACCAUUGGGUAACGAAAUACGAGUGAAAUCUAAGCGUUCAGUCGUACAUGUUUUAACAUGUUGUAGUGUGUACGGUUAUCGUCAAAAUUUUACCUUGAAACGUUUAUAAAAAAAAAAAGCCGUGCAACUUCGGAGACUACUGUUAUAGGUGAGAAUUUGGGAGGGUAGAGGGGAAAUGUAAUGAACAUCAUCUGUAAACAACGACAAACCAUUUCUAACGUACAAUUCUGAGCAGAGUUUAGUUGAUAGUGAAGCUUUUUCAACAAUAUAUACAUUAUAUAUCUAUGGUAAAAUAAUUAAAUAGACAUUAUAUAAUGCUUAUUAUUUUUUAUAAUAAUAUAAUAAGUAUAAUGUUUGUUUAAUAUUGUACCGUUUUUUCCCGGUUUUGCCCAUUUAUUGAGAAAACUUCUGGGAAAACGAUUGUACGAUGCAUUUUUACGCAAACAAAUAAUGUUGAAUAAUAUUAAUAGUUUAUGUAUUUAAUCAAACAAUUUACUAAUGUUAUUAUAAACUAGUGGAUAAUGUAAUACAGUAAAUCUCGCUCAAGAUGCCUUCACUUAAGAUGCUUUCCCGCAUAAGACGCUAUUUUCCGUUGGUCCCUAGACAUUUCCCAUACUACUUAAUGUAAAAAUCAUCUGUUAAGACGCAUGUUUUUUUUUUUAUCUAAUCGGAUAAGACGACCUUUUGUUCAGCAGAUUACGAAAAUUUUUAGUAAUUUUGUAAAAAUAAUAAAAUUCGUCAAAAAAUAAACUCGAUAUUUCAAUCACUUAGUUUUUAAAUUCCCGCAUAAAACGAUUUUCCGCUUAAGACGCUCUGGAGAGCUGGUUCCUUAAAGAGCGUCUUAAGCGAAUUUUGCUGUAUUCAACUACUCAAAAUCUAUUUGGUGUUUAAAUAACACCGGUACUUAAUGCUGUUUUAAGUAAAGGUACAUUAAACCAUAUGCAUUUCAUUCUACAUCUGUUGUCAUUAUUUUAACAUUAUAAAGUAUAUUAUUUACUAUUAAGUUGUUUGACACUCUCGGUGAAAUUUUAAAUUAACUACAGAUUUCUAACUGUGUUCGCUCCAUUCAGAAUCUAAAACUACUACAUUACGCUCAACUAAAUACAACAAAGUACAACUUAUUAUAAUGAACCUUGUGUUAAAUUUUCAAGUAUUUCUGUUUGGUAAACCACCUGUUAAACUGUCAUACAGAGCUGAGCUAAAAUAAUUCCACCAACCAAAAACCAUAUAUAAUUUUUAAAACUAAUUUUAAAUGGCUAUUAAUAAGUAACUGCAGUACAUAUAGCCCAAAUUUGCAAAAAUAUUUGUUGUUUUACCAUGUUUAGAAAAGCUUAAUAUAAGUAUUCUGUGAAAAUGUCUGGUCACUAUGAUUAUUUUUUAAAAACCCAUUAGGAAGGCAAUUUUUACAUUUAUAAUUAUAAUUUUAUAAUAUUAUAAUUCAUCAUUUAUUAUUAAUUUUUACAAUUCCCUACGAUUUUUCAAUUAUUGAAAAACUACAAUGAAAAAUCAAAAAUGACUUCUUAAAUUCACCAAGUGAAUAAUAAUGUAAAAAUAAUGCUUUGAUAGAAACGUUUUUGUUUUCAUACAGAUAGAAAAAAAAAAAUUAAAUAACAUAUUAUAGUAAAAUACAUAAAAUAGUUCACUACAUCACAGAGUGAGAUACCACUCUGCUCAGAAUAUUAUAACAAAAAAAAAAGAGACGUACGUUUCCAGCCCCUCCCCCCCAUUUGAAAAUCCAAAACCAAAUUAUGCAAUAAUUAAGCAUGUAAUUCGCACGCCUUGUUUUGAAAUUUGCACGACCCUCCUUCUCCCAGAAAAUCGAAAAUUCACGGGGAGGAACACGUCUCGCUAAAACUCCUCAUAAAAAAAAUUAACAUUUUUCAAUUUUUUUUUCGCCGAUAUUUAGUACACAAUCGGCAUGGUGUUAUAUAAAACUAUAUUCGAAAAUUCGCUUUUAACCCAUUUCUUUUCAAAAUAUUAUAUUUUAAUAUUAUGUUUUCCAAAUAUUUAGAAGAUUUGUUGUAGAUUGCAGGCGUCUGAAAUUAAAAUGUUUAAGAAAUUGGAAAUUCACGAGUAAAAAGAUAAUUUUUCCUCAAACGAUUUUUAUAUUAUCUAUAAUAUCGAUUCGAAAAACACUGCCUGAUUUUGUAUAUUAAUGGCGCACGUUUGUCCAGCUCCCUCCUCACUGGGAAAUCCAAACAUUUUCCACCAUCGCUAAUAAAUAAAUAAUUAUUUGAGGAUAUUAUAUAAAUUGAAAAAUAACUCACUGUGACGUGUCUCGUCAGACCUCCAAUCAAUGAAUUUUCGAUUUUCCUGGAGGAAGGAGUGUCGUGUGAAUUUUAAAACUAGACGUGUGAAUUACGUGUUAAAUAUUAGUAUAAUUUGUUGAAUUUGUUUAGAUUUUUAAAGGGGAGAGGAGUUGGUCAAACGUACGAAAAAAAGAGCUAAUAUUGCUAAUGCACCACUGUUAUUGUAGGUGGGAAAUUGGUAAUACUAUAUUUAUUGUGUAUACGUAUAUUAUUCAGUGUUUACGGUUUACAAUAAAUUAAUCAUCAUUUUAUAUUUUUAUUAUAAGUAUACCUGAAUACUAGAAUAGGUAUACAUUUUUGUCCGACGGGGCAAAUUUUAAUACGGAUAACAGCCCCUGUGUUUAUGUACCCAAAUGUAUUAUAUAGUUUUAUACUACAUUUGUCGGUGGAAAUAUCAAAAUAUACGCAAAUAUAUUGUGGCCCCUAUAACACCUAGAUAGUUAAGGGCUAGGGCCGAAGUUAUUUGGUACUUAUCUAAUAUUGUCAGAUAACCGAUCACCAUCAUUAUCGUCAUGAUCUUAGCAGGUAUACUGGUUCGUUGUAUGAGCUAUUAGAAUCUAAAUAGAUAGCCCUGAUAAUUAACAAGUCGUUGUUAAAAUGCACGCAUAAUAUAUCAUUAACAUUUUUAAUUUAAUUUGUGUUCGGUACUUUUUUUCAUUUACAAACGAAUUUUUUGGGGAAAAAAAAAUCGAAUUAGAUAUGAUUUUAAACAUUUUUCAUUAAUUAAACAUCAAAACAAUAUAGUUGUCGGAUGUAAAGUUGCGCGUAUCGUAUAUUAUAGGUAUAAUGGUAUAUACUCGUGACCAAAUUAGGUAUGACCAACCAACUAAUGAAUAUAAUUAUUAUUUAACUAGUCAUUUUUUUGUUUUUGGCGGGAAAAACUAUAGCGACAUUGUCCCGCGUCGGCCGUUUCUCGGGGAAGUGUACAUGACGGGUGGUUGAAAAAAAAAAACAAUAAAAAUACUGUUUUUGAAAUGAUAGGUAGAAAAAAAAAAAAUUAAAGAACAGAACGCCUUCGAAGACCUUCCGCGUUCGAGCGUCCAGACGCAUACUAAUGCACACGAAUAGUAAUAAGAAUACCGUACACGUGCGUCCCCGGCCGACGGCUGCACUGGGCGCGGCAGCGACACCACCGCCGCCGUCUCCUCCGCCGAGCCGCGGACUCUUCCGCCCCUCAGCCACCCGUAACUUAUUUCCCCUCUCGUAGAAACCGUCGCCGCCGUAUUUAGUUGUCGUCAUCCUACGGCUAACCACUUGUUUGCCACCGCCGUAACCUGUUUCACAGCUGUGGCGGUAGUACUGGUGGCGCUGUGCGCGACCGUCGUUCGCGUACGUACUAAACAUAACGGGUUCGUGAUACAUUCGGUCGUCCGUCCGCCGAUUCGCGUCUCGUGCGUUCGUUCGGGUUUUCGUGUUUUUUUUUUCUUUCGAUUAUUGUUACUCUUCUUUUCUCUUUCGCGUUUUCCGUUUUCGAUUCUGUCCGCCUCGCUAUUAAAAACAUGCCCGCGCCCGAUCGGUCUCGCACAUUUUCUAAAUCGUCCGCGUGAUACACACCCAAUGAUGACGGGUUCACUAUCAUCGUCGACCUAUCAACAAUAAUACCAUGUUCCUCCGUACCGUCGUCGAUUCCACAAUUCUCUAAUACUGUUAUUAUUGUCGACUCUGCAAGGGGUCCCUGAACUGAAUGCAUACGGCGAUUGCGGUAAGUACUCGACAAAUAACCGAAUUACUCGAGGUUUGUUUUCGAUUUUGGUUUAGUAAAUCUCGAGUAAUAUAAUACAGAUCACUGUUUCGGCGUCUCGUUAACACAUCAUUGUUAUUAUUAUUAUUGUAUGAUCUAGCUUUCCCGUCGCUGGAUGAAAUGAUACUUGAGAUUUGUUGUUGCGAACCAAUUCAUAUUCGGUGUUUAUCGAGUUUGCACAUUGAUAACGAAAACAUUAAGUAGGUACUUACACGCAGGUAGAUAGGUCGGUGUUCUUUGUAUACUUUCACUUGUCAUUUGAUUUUUGGAAUUCAAAUGUCAAUGUUGUUCGGUUAGUCCCUUAGUUAAAUGACCGGUAAUAAUAAACAAUACUAAUGUGUCAGCCUACACGAUUGUUUGAUUUUAAAAUGCAUUGUAUUGUUGUCACAUAAAUACAUAGUAUGUAGGUACGUUCUAGGUAUGACCUAAUAUUUUUUGUUUUUAGUGUUAAUAACAUUAAAUUAUAAGAAUAUUAUUUAUAAACAGUUCACUGUGAUAAUACGUAAUAAUAAUAUUAUAUUUGAUUUGACUGAUUUUUUUUAUUCAAUCAUUAUGCCAACAUUAAUAUUGUUAAACAAUUUGGAAUAAACGCAGAAAUUAUCAUUUGGACAUUGCGAAUCCAUUUAGUUAGUAAACAACUUUAUAAUAGAAGCCAUAUAAAAAAAAAAAGUAUGUAUACCUAUUCAGUUUAAAAAAAUUAUAUUUUUAUUAAACUUAGAAAGGUAAUAGUUUUACAUGUUUUAAUAAUCCAAUAGGUACAUAUUUCAUCUGGUCAAAAAUUUAUUUGUAUUUUUUAUACUAGACAUUCUUUAAUUUAGAAAUAGUUGUCAAUUGUUAUUCAUAUGUUAGGUAUUAUUAUUAACUAUGUAUUGAGUUACUUACCUAGUUGUUGUUUAUGUUUUAUAAAGUCAAUUUUUGUAAUAGGUACUACUAACUUAACCAUUAUCUUUGAUACUUCCAUUGUUUUUGUUAAUAUACGAAUUGUUAAAUAGGUAGCCACUUAGGUACUAUUUAUACUAAAUAAAUUCCAUUAGUUAUUAUCUCUAGGUAAUUAAGAUUAUUUUUAUUGACAUGUACUUUUAAUUAUUAACAUCUCUAAAAACUUUUUUCAUGAUGGAUAGGCAAGUAUAGUUAAUAUAGAAUAUUUAUAUUUUAAAAUACAAUACAUGUAAUAUGUUUAUGAAUGCAGUUUAUUCUCAAAUUUAUUUUACUUUCAUAAAAUCAAAAUUGUUAGGUAUGACUAGUGACGGAUAGAUAAUAUAUUGAUCCACAGAUUUUUAGGAUUUUCACUGGCCGUAAAUUUUAAAAACUAGAUAUAAUUGACAUAAAUUUAAUUAAAAACAAGUAUAAUUUUGUGCAUACUACCAAGCUCGAAGGUUCAUUUAAGACCAGAGAAUCAAGGACAAUUAUUUUCAUAAAAUAAGCCAAUGCUAAAACAAAUUUAAAUGGUUAAAAAUUAAUAAAUAAUAAUAAUAACAGCAUCAGAGAUAUAAAUACUUAGGUAGUUAAAUUAGAUUAGUUUGUAGUUUUCUGUUCUGAGUGAUGAAAUACUUUUGUACUCUUUUAAUAUUGUAAAUGAUAAUAUUUAUAUUUUUACAAUAUGUCCAUAUAACAGUUAUAUUAUUGACAUUGAAGUAAUUUAUGGUAUUUGAUGACAUUUAACUGUUGGUGAAUUAUAAUUGUUGUAUUUCAUUGAUUAUAUUGAUUACCUACUUAAAAUUUAUUUUUUACACGAUAAUUUGUGUAAUUGUAUAGGUAAUAGUAUAGAUAAGGUGCUCGAGUACAUGUAUAUUUCACGAGAUAUUUCAUGUUUAAUAAUACAUUAAAUUUUAUGCUUAGCUACCUUUCUACUAAUAUAGGUAGGUACUUAUUCAAUAUUUAAGUAGGGAAUAUAUUAGGUGCUUAGGUGCUAUGGUGGCAUACCAUUACAUAAUUAAUUAAUUUGCUUGAAAAUAAGUUUUUGUGUAUCGUUUUUAUGUUCAAUCAUCAUUUAGUUUUAGCUAUACCAAAGUAGGUAAUUUAUUUAAAAUUCUUAGUAUAGAAGGAAGCUAUAUUUAGUUUUAUAAUACUCACCUAAAACAUUUGCUUAUCUUACCCAAGGUUUGAAGUUUGUAUUUUACUUAUUUGUGUUGUUAAAAAAAAUUAUAUAGGUACUUAUUGAGGUACAUAUAUGUAUAUAUUAUAGGAUUUUCCUUUUGAUUAUCUACCUAUUUGACAUAUAAUGUGUUAUAUAAUUACAAAUCUAAUUAUAAUUUCUGUUUAUUUUAUUUAUUCAUAGAAGUUUAUGAACAGGGUUGGCCUUACACCCUCAUUAAUUUUGUUUACGGUCAACGAAUACCCGUACUAACAUAGCAUAAUGAGUAAUAAAUGGAAUCUAUAUCAAAAAAUUACAUUAUUAGUACAUAAUAGUUAGACUGUACUAACAGUGUUAUUUUUCAUUUCAACUAUGGAAUAUCAGCAUUUAUUUAUUAUUUUUGUUUUUUGUAACGAAUCUACAAAUUUUACACCAUGCGUGUCCAAGUUAAGUAUUCAAUAUUCUAUUUUAACAGGAUUUAAUUUAUAUUAUUUUACCGAAAAAAUAUGAUGAACAUUUUAUAAAUUACUAUGUUAAAACAAUAAUAAAUAGUAGUAUUUUAGUUUUAGUUGUAGAUGCUUUUUUGAUUAGGAGGAAUAACUAAAAAAACGGCCAAAGUUAUGAAAUACCCACAAAUAUAUUCUCAUAAAAUUAAUUUUGUUUAUUCUUUGUUAUUUUGUAAGUAAUAAUCGUAUAAACUUGAUAGUUUAAUAGAAUAAAAUAUAUAUUUUUCAAAUUAUUUAUUAUGUAUCAAAAAAAAAAAUGUUAGUAUCACUUUCAUUGUGAACUCGUGACCUUGUACUUACCAUAAACCAUUUAUGGGCAUAAAUAUAAUACUUUGAACACAUUGACAAAUAUUAGACUAUUUUAUUAUUAUACUUACUUAGCUUUUCAAAUUGCAUAAUAUUAAAUUGUAAUAUCCACUAAAAGAUGAUAAAUAUGAUGCUAGUAGGCAGAGAUAAAAUAACAAAAUACCUAUGCACUAAUAUGUACAAAAACGUUCAAAAUAUUUAUAUUUUAGAUCUAUGCAACACAUAAUGCAGUGUUUAUUUUCAAGUAGAAAUAAAUUAGGUUAUACUAAAAUAUUAUUUUCACUUAUCAUACAUUUUUCCGUGAUUAAUUGUUGAUCAAAAUAUUAAAUAUCUUUAGAUUCAAGAAAAUUUGACUGUGGUGGUACUUAAAAAGGAAGUCAUUUUUUGAUUUUUCCAUGGGUUUUCAUAGUAAACAGGGAAAAACGGGAUAAUUUACGAAAUUUAUUAUUUUCAAAUCUUAAAUAUUACGGCCUUUCAAAACAUGUAUAACCGAAUUUCCCUCAGAAUCGUUUUUCGUUGUCAAUGAUUGACCGUUAAGUAUAGAUAUACAUAAAAUCCCACCUCUACCUAUAAUCAACUUCACACUUACAACAGUGGCCCACCCAUCGUGCGACGUUUGUUUUUUUUUAUUAUUGUAAAGAAGAAAUAAUAUAUGGAUGAAAUUUCAAACUGAUUCGUUUGAUUUGGAACUAUCAUACUUUAAACCUUCGUGACCGUGCAUACACUUAGUAUGAUCAUGUAAAUGCAUAUAAUUACUGUCUCUACAUAUUUUAUAACAAUUAAUAACAAAGAAAUAUGCUAUCGAUAUAGUUUAUGCCUUAUCUUCUAUUAGUCUUUUGUAUACAUAAUUUAUAGUUAAACGAUAAAACUACUUCAUUGAUAUCCAUUGAGGAAAUACAUUUUUAAUAGUUUUCAUAGAAAUAUUUAAACAGAUUAUUGCUUGUAUUUAGAUCUUACUCAGAGUGAGAAAACUAUUAUUAUUUUUACAAUGUGUAAACGAUGCAAUAUUUAUUAAUGUUUUUGAGAAGUAGUUUGAAAUAAUUAAAUAAGAUUAGUAAUUUUUGAAAAUGUUGUGCAAUUGUGAGUUGUAUCGUUGUGUCAGUUGUGUGUAUAUUUAGAUAAAUACAAAUUAAUUAGGUUGAAGGAUAAAAGGUAGGUAAAAAAAGUUAGUUUUUCAAGCACGUUUAUCCGUCAGAACGCGAGCGGCGAGCUAUUCGACCGAUAAAAAAAAUUGAUAAUUGUCUAAUGUUACGGAUAAGAUGUUUAAUAUGGUCUUCUAAAAUAAUAUAAUUUGAUAUGUCGCAUAAAAAUUACAUUUUGGGGAAAGACGGGAAAGUGGGAAAAGUGAUUUCGAAGAACUUUCCCGGGAACAUUCCCCGUGGGACUUCACUAGGUACAGUGGUAUAAUAUUAUGAUCGUUGGAUCUAUCAGUUGAAACGUAUUGUGAUUACUGGUUAUAGUGGUUAUCAAUAUCACUACCUAUAAUAGGUAUCGUAGCAGUUGUUGUUUGUUGAUUUAAAUAAAAUAAUAUUAUUAUUUGAUAGGUAGGUAAUAUUUUAUAAAUUAAAAUAUGGAAUUUUCGUUUUAGUUGUCUAUCUUAUUGGUAAUCGGGGCGGGAAUGUAUCAAUAAAUCUUACUGUGAAAAUGUAAAUAAGCAUCCCACCAUACAAAAUAAUGGUUUAUUAUAAUAGUUACGUCACAAUCGGCCCACCAGGAUUUCCAUUACAUAUUCCGUUUGUAUUUGGCUUACAUGGUUUAUAUAUACAAAGUAUUACAAUAUCCUUUAAUAAAUAGUACAUUAUUACACGUAGGUACCUGUCGAUUCGUGCCCAUUAAUGUUACACGUUUCAAGUUGGUCUUAAAUUGUAUUUUAAUAGUAAACAAAAUUUUGUUUUUAAUAUUGCAUUGCAUUAACACAAAUCGAAUAGUAAUUAUAAAUAGAGCUCAAAAAUAUUAUAGGUAAUGGGUUUUUAAUUUGUUUCUUUUUGUUUUCGUUUUUUGUUUUUUUUUGUAUAAAAAAAUAUCUAAAUAACAAUUUUUUUCAUUUUUGUUCUGAAGAAAAUUUCCUUUACAAGGUUAUUUUCCAUCAUCUUUAUGCCCUAGCACACCUAUCAUAAUUAUUAUAGUAAAAAAAAAAAGUAGGGAUAAUCGGUUAGACUCAUUUUUUUUUUUAAUUUAACGUUUUAUUAUUAUUUUCAAAUUUAUAUAUUAUUAAUAAAGAUAGCACAUUGAUGUGACGGAUUUUGCUCAUAAUUCAAAUAUUAGUUAAUAAAAUAUUUUAUGAAAACAUGUACGGUGAAUGAUUGGACAGCUGUUUUGGAUUUACGAAAUAUCUAUAGCACAAAAGGUAUACACACUUUUGAGAUUUGAUUUUUUACGGCUGGUUUCUGUUUAAUAUUCAAAAGUCUGGAUUCUUUUUCAGUAAUAGCUGAAACAGCAUAAAACAUUUAUACUUAUGUAUACUGAAGGGUUCGUGAUAGCAAUUGGCUUGGGGCCAAAAUAAGAAAAUAGUCCGUCUUUAAGCUUCUAGAAUAAGGGUUAUACGAAGUGAAUUAUUUAUAAGGAAUCGUAAGUAAGUUCAAACGAUAGUGGUGUUGCACGAAAAAACAUUUAGGUAAAGGGCAUUAUUUAAUGACGUUUUAACGGCCGUAAUGGCAGAAUCCAAGGGAAAUCGAGGCAACAUCAGUGAUCACGAUAUUUUGACUCGAAUGUAGGUAUAUUAUAUUAUACUUUCAUCUUUAUAUACGAGUAUUGCAAUGUAUACAGAUUGGGGUAGGUAGGUAUAGGGUUAUAGUUUAUUUUUAUGUAUUUCUAUUACAAUUUACUAGGUGUACUAUGAUUUGCGAUGAACGGUGUUUUUAUAACUGUUAUUCGUAUUCUUACCUUGAAUUAAAAAAACAAAAAAAUACCUAUAACUUAAUACAAAUCAAUCGUACAUUUUCGUUUAAAAAUUAAAACCAAAUUUAACAAAUACAUACAAAUACUAUUCGUUAGCUUAAUUCUGCUCAUAUAUAUAUAUAUAUAUAUAUAUACGGUUUUUAUUAUCAUAUUUAACUAAAUAAUUCGUUAACAUUACAUUAAUAUAAAAUGUGUAAAUACAAAUACUUUUAAUUAUUCUUUCAAUAAAAUAUAAGGGUACUUUUAGAAAGCUGAUUUAAAUAUUAUUCAAAUAUAAUACUAAAGGAUAUAUUACGGCAAUAAAAUUGUGUGUUCAACUUCAACUAUACUAAUAUUAGAUUAUUAAUAUACAAGCAAUAUAUAUUAAUUAUUAUUUUUUGAAAACACCGGGAAGUUUUCACUUUCUUUACAGCUGCCAUAUUAUUUAUAGCCAGCACACAAUUUAUAUUAAAUCGAAAAUACAAAUUUGUUUAUUGUUUUAAUUUAUUCUAAAUUCGUGACUUUAUUAGGAUAUAUUAUUUUUAUUGUUUAACAAAAACAAUUACAAAACUUUUUUUUAACCAUUUUAUCAUAGUAAAGGUACUCGUAAUAUAUUUUAUUUUUAAUUGAAAAAGUGUAGAUUUUAUAUGCGCAAUAUUAUAGAAGUACAAUUUUAAUUUAAACAAUAUUAUCAAACUCUUUACAAAUUAUAUUUUAGAUUUUAUAAGUUUUAAAUAAUUAUAUGAUAUUUUAUUACGGGUAUGGUUAUAAUUUAAACGAGCUUUAUGUAAAACAAAUAACAACCGCAAUGAAAUUAAAAUGCAUUAUUUAAUUUGUAGGUACCGAAAAACUAAUAUAAUAUCGACAGGAAAUAAAAUAUUUUCCAAUAUUCGUAAUUUGUAUUCUAUGCAGCUACUAUUAUAUUCUUGUAAAGAUUAGUAAGUGUGUGUAGGUAUUUUAAAUCAGCUUAUGUAAGUACGUUAAAUGCCGUUUUGUCACGAAAUCAUUUUUUUAGCUACCGCAUUAUUAUAAUAAUAUGUUUAGAAUAUUGUAAAUUUCUAAUUAGUUAUGCUCUUGGAAUAUUUGUAAAGCUGACGACGGGAAAGUCAAACCAAUAGUUAGGUACCUAUUAAGUAUGAUAAAAUUUCAAAUUUAAUAGUUUAACAGAAUACAAUUUGCAAUGUUCAACAUUUCUUACGCAAUAAUAAGACCGUAUUCAUAAUAUUUAAGUUGUAUUCAAUAUAAACCAACUGUAACAUAUUUGUUGUAGGUUAUACAAACAAAAAAUACGGAUAUAUAUUUCACACGAUUGGUGGGCUACUGUUGUAGGUGAGAAAUUGAGAAGGUACUAAGGUAGUGAGGAAAAUUAAUUUAUACCUAUCUAACUAUACGCUACGAUUAAUCAUUGUUAACGAAAAACGAUUUUCAGUGGAAUUCGGUUUAACAUGUUUUAAAAGGCCAUAAUAUUUACGAUUUUCGUCAAAACUCGAUAUUAAAAUUCUUAUUAAAAAAAAAAAAUACUACUUUAAACUCAACUUUUUCUUGUUGACCACCGAGUACAAUUUAUAAUGAACCUCCGUUAAAUUUUUUAGAGUUUCUGUUUGGUCUAACAAUUUUAUCAACCUUUUUACCUUAAAUACCUAUUACCUUACGCAAAAAACUAUCAAAAUUAAAAUGUCUAUAAAUAGCUACACUUGAUAUAUCAGAGCAAGAUUUGUGGUAGAAUUGAAAUGUAUAUCUAUGUUACGUAUGCAUAUACGUAACAAUUAAUCAUUUUUAAUGAAAAACGUUUCUGAGUGGAGUUCAGUUAAUAGUGUUGCUUUAUCAACAAUAAAAUAUAUGUCACACUAUGGUAAAAUAAGUAAUUAUUACAUGUGUGGUACAUAUUUUUUUAAUAAUAUUGGUUAAAUAUAUUGUACCUACUUUUCUGUUUUCCUAUGUAUUUUUCGGUUAUUUUUAUUUACUGGGAAAAUCAAAAAAAAAAAAAAAAGAUCUCCCUAAAGUAUUACCCCAGUUAAAUUUCCUUUCAGAAAAGUUCUAUAAUUGAAAAUCGGAGCAAAAUUGCUGGUAGAAAAGUUGUUCACAGAUAAAAUAAAAAUAAUAAUAAACAUUGUAAAACCUAUGCAUUCCCCACUCCGCUCAGAAUUAAAAAAAAAAAAAUAUAGGUAUUCGCGUUUAAUAAUUCUAAAUCACACUAAUAAUUCAGUUUUGAAAUAAUUGUAUUGCUCGAGUGUCCAUCUGGUAUUUAUCGAGUCGGACACAAAUUUAUAUUCAACGCUAUUCAAAUACACCAUAUUAAACUGUUAAUAAUUAUAAAAAAAUGAUCCUUGUCAUAGUAAGAAAUAUACAAUUAUACAUUUUACAUGGGUAUUGGAGUAGUUAUUUGAGAAAGCCAAUAUUUUGAUAUACUAUCCAUCCACUUUCUUCGCAUUAUUCAAAAGGUUAUAAAAAAAAUCUUAUCUUAGACUUAUUUAAAUAACAGUGAUGUAAAUAAGUUGUAGUUUGAGGUUUAUCCCCUUCUGAAUCUAUUUACUAAUAGCUUCCAACAGUUUGUAAAAUGUUCACGUCCCAUGAUCUUAACCGAAAAAAGACUCAUCGUCUCUCAUCAUGAAUUAUUUGGUUUUGUCUACGCGUGUGGUUUAACCAAUAAAAACUGGACAUCUAGAGUAAACACAUCAUAUAAUUAUUUAUUGUUGUAGUUGCUAUUACUAAUUAAUAGGUAUUCAAUAAUAUUAUAAUUUAUAAUAAUUUUUAUAAUUAUUCAAUUAUUGUGUCAAAUGUAAAUAUAAAUAUAUGUUUAAUUUAUAAGACACCCUUAGUCAUAUUUUCCAGAAAUCUCAAAUAACCCUUCACCACGUUACCAUGUAGUGUUGAACCUAUACUUUAGCCUUAUAGGUAUGAUUUUAAUAUUCAUAAACUGCAUAAUUAUUUUAGAAUGUAUAAUGUUUUGAAAUUCGUUUACUUCUGGCUUAUAUUAUUGUAUGUAUUAAACGUAUAGAAUGUAAUUCAGUAUUUGUUAAUUUUAAUUUUAUAUAAUAUAACCGAAUCGUUUUUCAUGCGGAAACCAUGAAAUAUAAACCCCCUCCCCCUUUUGCAUUUUAUCAUUGUAAUUAUUAUGCUUUGUGUGAUUUAGUUUAAUGCCGGAUUCGUGGUUUUGAAUUUUAUUUAAGUCCUUGGUUACCGUGUGUAUCAUUUUAUCUUAUUUUCUGUAAUUCGGCUUUCCUGUUAAAGUGGGCUUAUUUGUAAAUGGCCAAAGGUUUAAAUAAGGUCAAACAAUAUAUGUUUACAUCUGAGCAAUGUUGUGCACAUUUGUAAGGUUUUUGGCUUGAUUUCGUUCUUCCGUUAUGGGGUAAAUAACACUUAUAAGGGACAACUAAACCGUUUGGCAUAUUUCGAUUUCGUCCCACGGGAUUAGACUGUACUAAAUCUAAGAGGACUAUACGAUGUUUAUAUAAAUAUCACAAUUCAUGAUAAUAUAUAAUUGUUCGAAUUUAAGCGAUUUACUAAAUAACACAAUCUAUUAUUUAGAUUAAAAUUAUUGUUUUGUGUUUAAUAAUAUUAAUGAAACUAACCAUUAAUUACAAAUACCUAGUGUAUAUUGUUCGUUUUGUACGAGGUUUUGUAUUAUAAUAUGCAUUUGUCUCGAAAAUACAAUUUCCAUUUGAAUUAAACUUAUACAAAUAAGGUUUCGUUUGAAAUGGUUCUGAAAAUAUAAUAUUUUCUUGAAAAAAUUGUUAAAUUUUAUAUUGAUAGAUUUUUUUGAGAAUCAAUCCAGACUAAGUAUUAUAAUGUUUUAUUACAUGUAUAUGUGUAUUGUGUAUCUUCACGUAGAUUUUUUUAUUUUCCUGGAAACAAAGUUUAUAAACUAUUGUGAAUAUCGAAAAAUUAUUAUCUGUGUUUAAUAUUGUUCCAUUUAUCUCCAUUAUAUACUAAGACUAGUGGAAAUAUGUACUGAAUUAUUAUCUCUAAAAGUGAACCGGAAGAAAACCGCAUGUCAUUUAAAAAACUAUUUAAAAAAUAUUAGGUUGGUUAGGUUCUUUUAGUUCAUUUUAAAUCUUAAAUAAUUCAGUUAUACAAUUUUCAUUUUAAUUUAUUAAGAGGAAGUGCUAUCUUCCGUAUCUAAAGGUUGUGUAUAGACAAUUUUUUUGAAAGUUUUGAAAAAUGUAAUUUUAUCAACUUAAAAAUAUUCAAAUUCAUUUUCGAAUGUGAAUGUCACAAAAACUUAUUCUUUAUGUAAUCGUAAAAUUAAUGAAUCAAAAGUAUUAUUGAAAAAUCUUUUCUCGCGCGGGUAAUAGCUACUCGAACAGUAGACUUGGUUAAGAAAUCAAAUUUUUACUAUAAAUUAUAGAGUAGGUAUUUGCAUCGUGCAACGUUGGUUUUAGUUUUCCGAUAUCACUGUUAUGAAAUUAUUCAAGUUUAAAAAACUGAUCAGAUUUGUUAAAUAGUAACUUUUGGUAGUUGUAAGUAUUGAACAAAUAAAACUUACGUAGUACACUGCAAGUUCUAUUUUAUGGUGACUAUUUAAUUUCCAAAUUAAGUCUAUAGCCCGAAUAGUGUUUUCUUGCGCAAAAUAGACGUGGUGUAAGGUACAGUACGGUAGCACGCAUCCACUUAAAAUCGUAUUUAGGGUUAUUUACGCAUCAUUAUUAUUUAAACGCCACCAUGUUUUUUUUUUUUCUAAAAUUUAUUAUUAUCUUAAAAAUAAUGUGUAUCUAUUAUGUUAUAAUAUUGUUGAUUCUAGGUAUGUUCUUUAGUUUAAAUUUAAAUUGCCUGUUAUUUUUGUUAUAAUUACAUUUUGAAGACGUACGUAAUAUAUCUGUUUAUUACAUAUUAUAGUUGUUUACUGUAGUUAGGUACUGUAUAUUGCUUGCCAUAUAGUACCAUUAAAAAUAUUUAAAUAAAUUAGUGAAGGACAAAUGGGAUGCACGUUUUGUUACAAUUUGACUUUUGGCCAGUAUUUUUUUGUCGAGUAUAAAUUAAGUAGCAAUUAUUUUUAAUUUUAUUGGAGACAUUUUAUGAUCGUUAAGAAAACGAAAUAAAUUUAAUUUAAAAUGAUGUUUAAGAACGGUUUUGAUUAAUUGCUUAAUUAAAAAUCCUAUUAUUAUACAAAUGGUAAAUGUUUAUUGAAUACAAGUACUAUAAUUAUUAAAAGUUUGUUGAACGGUGUAGUGUGUGAAAGACAUACUAUCUCCCCUCCGAACAAUUAUUAAAUUCUUACGAAAAGAUUUGUAUUUGGUGUAAUAACGGUUAAAAAAUGUAAAAAAUCACAUUUCUAAACUAUAAAAAGAAGCAUAUUUGUUUAAAGUCCCAGUGUCUUUUACAACUUUAAAUCCAAGUUCCGUUAAAAACAAGUGUAUUGUUAGUUGUGUAAUAGUGCGUGUAGACUGUAGAGUCAUUUAUGAAAAGAUUUCAUAAAAAAAUCCAGGUAGUUUUAUUAAUUUGAUAUAUUUAAUUUAUAGGUUGUCAUUUGAAAAUCAAAAGUCGGUAGUGGUUUAACUAAUAACGAACAAAAUAAAAGUUAACUAUAAUUUUAGAAAAUAAUUUGUCUGAAAAUGUUGAAGAAGGUCAUAGUUUGCGAAAUAUAUAGUGUUUUAUGUUAAAUGAAUCACCUUGUAUUAUAUUACUACCGUCCGUUACUUGUAAGAUUAGCCCUUCGGAUUAGUCUUAUACGGGGAUAUGUAUGAGUAUUGAGCAUCGAUAAUAUUAUAUAGUAUUAUAUACCUUCAUGAUUUUGUUUGAAAGCGUCAAGUUUCUCAAAACCAUCCUGAAUACAGUAUAUUUUUCCAAUAAGAAUAUUUUUACAUAUACAGGUUUCUGCAUGUGUACGUGUAAGGUACAGUGUAAUAUAAUAUAGUAGCUCUAUAGACAUACGACAUUAGUAUUUUUUAUAAUAUUGUACGUAUACGUCAAAUGCAAACGUGCAAUUUCGUUCCAGGUGGUUAGAGCUUUUUAUACGACGGUUGUGCCCCGCGUGUUAUUAUUAUUAUUAUUAUUACGUGUGUGUUUAGGCGACGAAUAUUUGCACUAAGAGGGCGAUAAAACGGCAGAAAACUCUCAUGAAUAUUAAACCGGCGCCGAGGACUACGACUACGCGACUAUAUACGGACGUGACUUCCCCUCCUCGUAUCUUUUAUGCGACCGCGCCGCUGUCCGGGUCGAGAUUCCGGAUAUUUCGGCAGUUACACCCACACGCACACGCACAUAUAAUAAUAGGUACCCGUCUCCUCUUCUCGAAAAGCGCAACUCCGCGUUGUCGUGCGCACAUUUAGAAGAAGUACAUUUUUUCAUUACUUAUAACACAAUAUAAAGUCGUCGUUGUUCCUCCCAUCUUCCGGGCGCGGUAUUCUUCUUUUACCAGGUAUCUUUUUAAUAUCAUUCGUUCAGUUAUCAGGGUCUGCUCGAAUUAAUUUUCCGUAGAGCGUUUCAUAAUGUAUCCGAUUUACACCGUUUGGUAUACACAAUAUAUAGUAUUUAUUAUUUAUAUAUAUAUAUAUGUUAUGGGAAAAAUCUGACAAAUUGGACAAAAGCACGGACAAAACGUGAAGUGCCACAUGCUACUUGGGCAAAUCUAGUAGUGACCAAUAUUGUUUGGGCAAAAUAAAAGCGUCUGUAAAUUUCAAUUUUUCAUAGUAGAUAGGAACCAUGUUUUAGAUUCUGAGUGUUGCGAAGAAUGUAUUGGUUUUACUAAGAUGUUUAUUUUGUUUAUCCUGUGUACAUAAAUUCUACCAUAGAUCUUGCUCAGAUAUAUAUGCGUGAUACCAUUUUGGAAAGGGAAUGUUGUUCAAAUGGUACUUUCGGGAAGUCAUUUUUUGAUUUUCGAAGUGGUUUUCAUAAUAUCUGGAAUAACUGGGAAAAACCAGAAUAAAACGUGAGAAAAACGGGAAAUGUAUGAAAUUAAUGCUUUUAUUAUUUUAUCAAUUUUGUUAUUUAUUGUAAUUCAGUUAAAAAUAUUCGUAGAGACUUGAAAUUUGGACAGAAAAAUUAUAUUUGCUUUUUCUAGAUGUAGUAAAAUUUAAGCCAUUUUUGAGCUAUUUAUAGACAUUUUAAUUUUUUUUAAAUAUUGUCUAUUUUACUAUACGUUUGUUGUAGUCGAAUGGUCAUGAUCACGUAUUUGCUAUACUAGGGGUUGCGGGUCCAAACCCGGGGUUUGAAAAGAAAUUUUUUGCACUUUUUUUCCUUUUUACCUAAAUAGGUAAAAUACAAAUACAUUUUAAGUGUACCUAGAGACCUAGCUAUCGCUCGUUCUAACGAUUUUAAUCGAAAAAUACUCCUCUACUUUUUGUGUAAACUUUUCUACAAGAAAUCUUGUUCCCAUGUAUCAAGUGUAGCUUAUUUUCUAAAACGAAAUUUUAUCUCCAUGGUUUAGAUAGGUCAUUUUAGUGAUUUUUCAAUCCGUUUCUAUAAUAACUGGGAAAAACCGGGAUAAAAUGUCUAAAAAACGGAAAUUGUAUGAAAUGUAGGUAUAAAUAAAAAAAAUGCUUUAUUUUUCUGUGUACAACUUUUCUACUAGUAAUUUGACUUUAAUUUACAAUUGAUAGUACUUUUUCUGAAAGGAAAUCUGACUGGGAAGGUACUUUAAAGAGGUCACUUUUUGAUUUUCCCCAAAGAGUUUUCCCAGCAAAUGUGAUAAUUCGAGAAAAAACAUGGGAAAAACGGGAAAAUUGUCACAAUAUUAAACAAAUAUUAUUAAAGAAAAUAUAUAAUGCCUAUUUAAAUAUUUUACUAUAAUAUGACAUAUAUAUGUAUGUUGUUAACAAAGCAUCACUAUCAACUGAAAAACGCUCAGAAUCGUUUUUUCGUUAGCAAUGGUUUAGAAUCGUUUUUAUUGCUUAAACUGGCACACAUUGAUGUUUUUACCUUAUGCUAUACGAAAUUUGUGAGAUCUGUACUUUGAAAUCACAGUUAAAAUAUUAACUUUGACAUAGGGGAAAUUAUGUCAUUAAAAUACAUAUUUUAAUCAAAUCGACCAUUUUAGCUUUAUGUCUUUUAAACAUACCAGAAAUAAGUAAAAUUAAUCGUUUUAUGAUGUGGAUGAAAAUUAAUUUUUUUUAGAAAAAAAAAAAGAGAAUGUUCACAGAUUGUGCUAGAUUCUCUACUUAUAGUGUUGUCUUUGAAUUAAAGUCGUAUUAUUUUUGGCUUUUCUUUUGAAUUCUUACAUACCUACCUUAUUGGUUAUGUAUUAUCUCACAAACUAAGUAAUUAUUACAUAUUAUAAUUUUGCCUAUGGUUUUUUGAUCGAAAAUAGUAAAUAAUUAUUUUUUAUCAGUGUGGUAGUCAAAAUUUAUAUUAAAAUUCAUUAAAACGAUCACGAGCAAUUAUAAUUUAUUUUUAGUUACGAUAAAUUAAUACAAUUUUUAAUUUUAAUUUUAUCAAAACGUAUUUAACCGAACUUUGCUGAAAAUCAUUUUUCAUUUAUAACGAUUUAUCGUUGAAAAACAUUUGUUGAACCUUUGAAGUAGUAUAUAUUAUAUUAACUUAUCAUUUGUUUGUGACAUCACGGUGUAUACCAAUACAUAUUAUAUUUAUGUUGCUUAUUUUUUAUCACAUAUGUAUUUAUUUUUUUUUUUUAUAGAUAGGUACCUAUAUUUUAAACGUUUAUAAUUUAUAAUUUUGUUUACUUUCAUAAAUUGCUUAUUUACAUGCAUUCAAUUUAAUUAUGAUAGAUUGUAAUUGUUAAAAUAAAAAAUAGUAAGUAGAUGAUGCGUGAAAAUACAAAUAUUUCAUUAUUUUAACGUUGAAUAAAUUAUAUAUUAUGGUUAUUGAUGAAAAAAAGGUAGUCAAGUUCUGUUUUUUUAGCCGGUUAUUUUUUAUUAAAUAAAUGCAUUUACUUUGGAGUGAAUUCUAAAUGUAAUUAUAUUUCAUGUGUUUCGGUUGGUAGUAAUUUAGUGAAAAUGUGAAAAUUAGAACGAAUUCAAAUAAAAUAUUAAUGUAUACCUAUACAUUUUGUUCGACCACUUUCAAAUAUAACGAAUGACCGAAUCUAUUUAUGGUGUAUAAUAUUAUGUAUCGUUCACAUACAUAUUAUUUGUCAUCUCAUUAUUAUUCGACAGUGUUUCGUUCUAAAUGCUGGCGUAUCGGACUUUUCAUAUGUUACACAUAACGGCGAGAGGAUUUAACCAUACAAACCGAAGGGCGAAUUUGUCAUUCCCCAAUCAAUGUCCCAUUGAUCUAUGGCUUAUUCCGGUGUACUGUGGUUACUGGUGGUAGUGGUACUGGAGGUGUUCGUUAAUUUGCACCGAAACCACGACAUUUUUCAUUGUCAAACUACCCCAAUGUCGGUCCCUCUUUUCGUCUUUCGCCGACCCUCCUUUUGAAAGUCAGCCCCGCUAUACUACGUAUAUGAUUUAAAAAUAAUGGAUUUUAUAUUUAGUUCACAUGAUUUAUUUAAGUAUUAUAGUCAUAAUAAUAAUAUGCGUAAGUGCAUUAUACGAAAACUUGUUUAAUAUAAUACUUAAUGCACGUAAGUGUAAGUGUUAAGGAAAUAUGGUUUGUAUAUUAUGGCUGUGUUUAUGAAAAUGCAUUAAUACGAAAAUAGACUUGUACGUUUUUUAUAAUAAGUACUCGUACCUAGUUAAGUUAUGGAAUACCAUUAUAUAGAGUGUAAUAUUAUAUCGUUACAAAAAUAAAUAUUUGUUUUGUAAAUUCGUUUAGAUAUUUUUGGUAUUACUAGUGUCAUUACAUCAUAUAGUAUUGAUGUAAUUUCUAUUAAUUUUUUUUAAUGACCAUAAAAUUGUGUCAGAUAUCAAAUAUGUAAGUACAAAAAAAUGUUACUACUGCUGAUAGGCAUGCCACUGUUUUAGGUGGGAAAUUGGAAGAAAAGAUAUACUUAAUUUAUAGAUAUACGUGCCAAUGAACUAUUGUUAAUGAAAAACGAUUCCGAGCAGAAUAUUGUUAGUCAUAUUUUUUCACUUGUUGUUCUGGUAAUCCAAAAAUCAAACAAAAUUAUACAAGACAUUUUUAGUUUUUCCCUUGAUGUUUUUCGUUUAUUAAGAAGAUUAAUAGAGAAAUUAAAAAAUUACCUUCUCAAUACAUCAACUAGAUUAAAAAUGACAUAAGAAAAUUGUAAUAAAGAUUUUAAUUAGAUCAAGAUUUCUGGUAGAGAAUUUGUUUACAGAUAAAAAAAAAAACAAACCAUAGUAAAGCCAAGACAUUCCUCGCUUUGCUAAGAAUCUAAUAUUGAUACAGUUUAUAAUGACGCGCAAAAUACUUUUAUGUAUACAAAUAUAUACAUACUUUUACGUCGGAUUGAUAUUUUUUACAUAUUUUAUAACUAUGGAUGGAUAGAGCUACAUUGCAGGCUCCGUUCUGAUUGUUCAUUCGUUUUGUAAAGAAAUAAAUAUAUAUAUAUAUUUUUUUUUUUGGUACAUUAAGUAUUCGAUUUUUUUUCGUAUAAAUAUUUAUAUUAUAUUAUCGUUAUUGUUACAGAUGCCCAUAAGUCGUAA